AUGUUCCAUGUUGCUGAUUUCACAACGAUCUAUUUACCGACUUUGAUCGCAUUAACAAUGCCCGCAUCACAUCAACAAAAUAUUUUUGAAAAAAGUCACAUUGUGCAAAGGAAUAUUCAAAAGGCUUCAGAAGCACUUAACACUGAUUUUAACGCAGAACAUUUAACUGAAGCGCCCUAUUUGAACUUCACUAAGACACCACAAGAAGUUGAAAUAGCUGCGGGAGAUGAACUUGUGUUGAAAUGUGAAGCGAUUGGCAUUCCACCACCAAUCAUCGAAUGGGCACUUAAUGGCAAUUUGAUUUAUGUCGUGGAUGAAAGUAAUGGUGCAGAAAAAUUGCAUAAUGCUGGUCUUACCACCAUACAGUAUGGUGUAACUGUAUCCAAAAUGAUCGUCCCGUGUAUAAAAACCAAAAAUACAAUGGAAUACAAAUGUUUAGCGAGUAACGGUUAUCAAAAACUGGAAAAAGAGGACGUGAAAUGCUCCCAUAAACAUUCACCACCAAUAAUAAACAUGUGGACAGAUGGUCGCUUCGAAAGAUCUGGUGCAACAGUGCAGCUAUUCUGUCGAGUUGAUGGAACUCCGCGACCAAAUAUCACUUGGUACAACGAGGAAAAUUCAAGACUCGACAAUGUAAAAAAAUACAAAACAUUGUUAAAUGGAGAUUUGAUUAUCUACGAUACGCAGUGGGAAGACUUGGGAGUAUACAUCUGCAUUGCUAGCAAUGAAUAUGGCCAAGAUCGUAUCAUGGCAUUCUUUUAUCCUACAGAACCGUAA